GUCUGCUUUUGACAUUUAGAAUGAACUUGACUGAAAGCUCCAUAAAACAACUCAUCAAACUCAACUGCCUUCUUUUAAACUUCACUCGUUCCCACCAAUUCUCCGAUGCUCUCCAUCUCUUCAACCAAAUCCAUUCUUCCCUUCAUCUCCGACCAGAUCAUUACACCCUUUCAACAACCCUCACUGCCUGUGCCAACAUCCUAUACAACACUAGCUUCGGCAAUCAGCUCCACGCCUUCGCCAUUAAAACAGACCUUAAACAAUACCCCCAUGUAUCAAAUUCUCUCCUUUCAUUCUAUGCCAAAUCUAAAGAUUUGGGUUCAGUUAAAAGGGUCUUUAAAGAAAUUGAAACCCCAGAUGUUUAUUCUUGGACUACGCUGUUAUCUGCUUGUACUAAAUUGGGGGAAGUUGGGUAUGCUUGUAAGGUGUUCGAUGAAAUGCCACAGAGAAAUUUGGCUGUUUGGAAUGCAAUGAUUACUGGGUGUGCUGAAAGUGGGUGUCAUGGGAUUGCUUUGAAUUUAUUUCAAAGAAUGCAUUGUUUGGGUGUUAAAUAUGAUAAUUAUGCUUUUGCUUGUGUUUUAAGUUUGUGCAAUAUGGAGCUAUUGGAUUUCGGAAGACAAGUGCAUUCGAUGGUCAUCAAAGCGGGGUAUCUGGCUAGAGUGUCAGUGAUUAAUGCUUUGGUUACCAUGUAUUUCAACUGUAACAAUGAUUUUGAUGCUUUUGGAGUAUUUGAAGAAGCUGGGGAUGAAGUGCCUGAUCCUGUAACUUAUAAUGCAAUGAUUGCUGGCUUAGUGAGUAUGGAAAGAGCUGAGGAGGCACUAAUAAUGUUCAAGGAUAUGCGUAAGUUUUCUUUGAGACCUACAGAGCUCACUUUUGUGAGCAUAAUGAGUUCAUGUUCGUGUAUUAGAAUUGCUUCUCAACUGCAUGGUCAAGUUGCUAGAAUAGGCUUAGAAAACUAUACGUCUAUCGGUAAUGCAACAAUAACCAUGUAUGCUAGUUGCAGGAACUUGAAUGCCGCCUUUUUAGUUUUUGAAAGACUAAAGGUGAGGGAUAACGUGUCGUGGAAUGCCAUGAUUACGAGCUAUGCCCAAAAUUGUUUGGGCAGAGCAGCAAUUUUCACAUACAUUCAGAUGCAGAAGGAAGGGUUAGAGCCAGAUGAGUUUACGAUAGGAAGCAUACUCACGAGCACAGAGUCUCUAGUAGUUGUUGAAAUGAUUUUGGGUGUUGUUUUAAAGAAAGCCCUUAUCUUGAAGACUGAAGUAUCUAAUGCACUGCUCUCUGCCUUCUGUAAGCAUGGUGAAAUGAAGCAAGCUUAUCAAGUUUUUCAUGGCAUGUUUCCUAGAAACAUGAUCUCUUGGAAUACCUUGAUUUCUGGUUGUCAUCUUAACGGACUACCCAUGGGGUGCUUGCACCUCUUCUCUGAGAUUGUUAGUGAGCGUUUGACGCCUAAUCCUUUUACUCUUAGCAUCAUUUUGAGUGUUUGUGCCAGCAUUUCAGCUCUACAACAAGGGAAGGAGAUUCACACUUACAUUCUCAAAUCUGGAUUCAUUUCAGAAAUAUCUUUAGGAAAUGCCCUCAUCACAUUGUACUCAAAAUGUGGACUCUUGCAUUGGUCUCUAAAGGUGUUCCAGAUAAUGACACAAAAAGACAUAUUUUCUUGGAAUUCAAUUAUUGCUGCGUAUGCACAGCAUGGGAAAGGCAAGGAAGCUGUACAUUGCUUUGAGAUGAUGCAAGAAUUAGGUGGGGUCAAACCAGAUAACACGACCUUUAAUGCAGUUCUAUCAGCUUGCAGCCAUUCAGGCUUAAUCGAUAAAGGCAUUGAAGUUUUUACCUCCAUGGUUCAUACCUAUGGUAUAGAACCUACAGCAGACCACUUCUCUUGCAUUGUCGAUCUUCUAGGUCGGGCUGGGUAUCUUGAUGAGGCAGAAAAACUGGUGAAAGAUAGGCAUGUUGAUGUAGAUUCCACUGUUUGGUGGACAUUAUUCAGUUCAUGUGCUGCUUAUGGCAAUGUUAGGCUAGGAAGAAUUGCUGCGGGAUUUCUUCUUGAGACUGAGAGGAAUAACCCCACGGUUUAUGUGCUUUUAUCCAAUAUUUAUGCCAGUGCGGAGAACUGGGAGGACUCUGCUAAUGUGAGGAAACUGAUGAAUAAAUGUGGAGUGUUAAAGCAACCAGGAAGCAGUUGGAUAGGAUCCUAACGUUCAUUUUGUUAAUGCUGGAUGUCUUGACGUGAUUUGUUUCUAAGUUCAACCUUACUCAUCAAACGGAGAUUGUUCAUGGUGGAGGAAAGGAAAUAUGUCUUAAAGAUUUUAGACUAGCAAUGUAAAUGGAACAUUGAAACUUUCUGAUCCAUGCCUGCAGGACUUAGGGUAACAGGUAGUCUUAGUCCUACAUUUCCCACUUCAGUUCUGUGCCAGGCAUGCUACAUUCCUCGCAAGUGCCAAUGACUCCCUAGUCCACUCCACCAGUGAGCUCUUUCCUCUGCAUCCUUCCCCUGCCUUCUGCUCAUGUUAUAAUUUCUUUGAUGAUGACUCAUUGGGGAAUAACUUAUUGGCUGAAAAUGUUUUCUUGGACGAAUUUUUAGGAAAAUUUUGCACUGUGGUCAGCACGCAAUGUAUCUACUUGAACUGGGCAAUUUCUUGAUGCUAUUGCCAUACCAAAGGACAAUAGAUCCAUCAAAAGGGUUAACCUGAUUUAUAUAUAGUAAAUGAAGUUCAUCAAUGAGCCAGCAUGGUGAAAUCGGAUACUUUUUAUCCUUGGGGUAGAGUGGGUUGCGAAGAAAGUGUUUCUCACCAAGUAUCCAUUCCUUAAACUCAUUUUUUGGUGGCUGGUUGAAUUUUAUAUGGAUUUUAUUGUUUGUGAACCUUCUCCCUAUUAACAAGCCAUUGUGGGUAACAUUUCCAAAGUUGCCUCGUAGCUGUUGGGGAGUAGGAUCUUUGAGUAGAAUAGCAAGUGCAAUUGGAGUGCCUUUAUUUGCUGAUGAAUGCACUACUAAGCAGACUAGAAUAUCUUAUGCCAGAAUGCUUAUUGAAGUUAAUAUUACCAAAGCUAUCCCUCAGCAAAUUACUGUGAAAGAUCCUAAUGGAGAAACCUUUUUGCAACAAGUGGAACUGGAAUGGAAGCCUCAAUAUUGUGAGAAGUGUCAGCAGAUUGGACACAUGUCAACCCCCUAAAACGAACAAGGAUGCACAGACAAGGAGGAGUAGACCUGGGAAAAAAGUAACUCAAGAAUGACAAUAUAAAGGUGUGAUUCAACCUCAGAUGUAACAUGUGGAUAGUGAAGAGAAGGAGCAGGUACCUAGUCCUAGGCCACAAGUUAGAGAUGAGAACAGUGGCAAACAAGGUGAGGGGAUAAGGCCAAUCAACCAAACACCUGGGGAGAUGAGGCAGUAUAAUCAAAGGUCCAAUGCAGGGGAAGCCAGACCAGAACUUAGUCUUGAAAACUUUCCAAUUCUGGCAACUAUAUCAACUAGAAAUGGGUAUGAGAGUCUGAUGAACAGAAAACUUGCUUCACUACCUGUUGAUAGAGGUGAAGCACCUAAAACUUGUUAAUGAAGUGGGUAUUUUGGAACCUGAGGGGUGUGAAUAAAAGGUAUAAACAAAAGGAACUCAAAAACUACCUUCAGGGAUAGAGAAUAAAGUUAGCUGGACUAGUGGAAACUAGAGUAAAGGAACAUAAUAUGAAGGCAACAAUGAGAGGAAUAGCACCUGGAUGGGGGAUAUUGAAUAAUUAUCAUGCAGCUUCUAAUGGAAGAAUCUGGGUGGUAUGGGAUGAGAAUUGGUAUGAAGUUGAAGGAAUACUAAGCACUGCACAAGUAAUACAUUGCAAAAUCACGGACAGGAACAAGGGACAAUAUAUUAUGCUAACUGUGAUCUAUGGUUUCAACACUAUAUAGUUAAGGAAGAGUUUGUGGCAGAAUUUGAAUGCACUUGCACAAGGAAUUUCCCUACCUUGGCUUAUAGCUGGGGAUUUUAAUGCACUUUUAUACCCUCAAGAUAGGCUAGUAUGAAUGACGUCAAGGACCUUGCUGAAUGUAUUCAAAAUAUAGGGGUGAAUGAAUUGCCUUGGAAGGGAGCAUAUUAUACUUGGACCAAUAAGCAGCAUGGGGUAGAUAGAAUCUCAAGUAAAAUUGAUAGAGCUUUUGGUAAUUAUGAGUGGAUGAUGCAAUGGGGACAUGUUUCUACUGAAUAUGAGAAGCCUGGAAUAUCAGAUCACUGUCCUAUGCUACUUACUCUGCAAGAAAAUCAACAGGAGGUCGGGGGGAACUUCAAAUUUUUUAAUGUGUGGACUCAACAUGAUUCCUUUAUGCAUAGAGUUGAGGACACAUGGAAGCAGUGGUAUAGGGGGGAUAAUAUGGAGCAGGUGUGGAAAAAGCUGAAAGCACUACAAUCAAAACUGAGGAAGCUUAAUAAUUGUGAAUUCAAGUUUAUUAGCCAGAAGAUUGAAAAGACUAGGGAUGACCUUGCUAGAAUUCAAGAGAGUAUCAACAACCAAGUCACUGAUGCAUUGAUUGAUCAGGAAAAGGAGGCAAUACUGAGACUAGAGAAGUGGUCCUUGAUUGAAGAAAAUGCACUAUGACAGAAAUCAAGAGCAAAAUGGAUACAACUUGGGGAUGCCAACAACAAAUAUUUCAGUGCCCUGAUCAAAGAGAGGACUCAACAGAAGCAAAUUAGAGGUAUAACAGCAUUAUCAGGCCAGGUAUUAUAUGAGGCUACAGAUAUCCAAAAUGAGUUUGUGCAGUUUUAUAAAGGAUUAAUGGGAUCUUCAGCAAAUACUCUACCAGCUAUAGAUAUUCAGAUAAUGAGAAGAGGGCCUAUUCUAUCUAGACAACAAAGGAUUAGUCUGUGAAGAAGUGGCUGAACAAGAGAUAUAUGAGGGAUUGCAGGCAAUGGGUAAUGGAUAAGGCCCAGGUAUUGAUUGAUAUAAUGCUUUCUUCUUCAAACACACAUGGCAUAUCAUCAAGCAUGAGGUUAUUGAUGCAGUGAAACAAUUCUUUUCCACUGGAAAGAUAUAUGAUCCUAUUAACUGUACUCUAGUAAGUCUUGUGCCAAAGGUACAUAGUCCAAGUACUGUGACAGAGCUCAGACCCAUUGCAUGUUGCACUGUACUUUACAAGAUUAUUGCAAAGGUCUUGGCCAACAGAUUGCACGAUGUUAUCCCCACAAUUAUUAGUGAUAGUCAGGCAGGAUUCAUACCUGGGAGAAAGAUCUCUGAUAACAUUAUACUAGCUCAUGAGUUGGUAAAAGGUUAUACUAGGAAAAACAUAUCACCUAGGAGUAUGCUGAAGAUUGAUCUGCAGAAAGCUUAUGAAUCAUUGGAAUGGUACUACUUAGAACAAGUAAUGAAGGAGUUAGGAUUUCCUGAAAUGUUCACACAGUGGGUCAUGGCAUGUGUGACAACAGUCAGGUAUGCUAUUGUUGUGAAUGGAAACACUUCACAAGCUUUUGCAGCAGCUAAAGGACUUAGGCAAGGAGAUCCUAUGCCUCCUUUCCUAUUUGCUAUAGCAAUGGAAUACCGUAGUAGAUCUCUUAAUGGCCUAAAAGAGGAUAAAACAUUUAAGUUUCACCCACAAUGCUCCAAAUUAGGCAUCACUCAUUUAUGUUUUGCUGAUGAUCUGCUAAUAUUCUCUAAAGGGGAUAUAGAGUCCAUCAAAGCCCUCCAAAAGAAAUUCUUUCAAUUUUCUCAAGCUUCAGGUCUGCAGGCCAGUUUGAAUAAGAUUUCCAUUUAUUUCGGAGGGGUGGCACCAUUGAUUAGACAGCAAAUUAUUCAACAACAAGGAUACACAGUUGGUGAACUUCCCUUUAAGUGUCUUGGUAUACCAUUGUCAUCAAAGAGACUUAACUGUUUUACAGUGGUAUCCUCUGAUUGAGAAAAUUAUGGCUAGAAUUAACUCUUGGACUGCUAGGAAACUAUCCUAUGCAGGGAGAGCACAACUGAUUCAGACAGUGUUGUUUGGAAUUCAAUCUUAUUGGGCACAGAUAUUCAUUAUUCCUGCAAAAAAUUAUUAAGCUACGUGAAGGAUUAUGCAGGAGCUACUUAUGGUUAGGUGAAGGAUAAGUGACAAAAAAGGCUCUUGUGGCCUGGGAAAGAGUAUGCAGUCCUAAAUAUAUAGGGGGCAUGGGCUUGAUUAAUAUACAACUAUGGAACAAAGUAGCAAUUGCCAAGCUAUGCUGGGAUUUAGCACACAAAGAGGACAAGCUAUGGAUCAAAUGGAUACACACUUAUUAUAUAAAAGAACAAGAGACAUGGCCACAUUCAGGACAGGCAAGUUGGAUGGUCAGGAAAAUCAUGAAUGCUAAACAGAUGGUGGAUCAAAUGCAACAAGCUAGAAGCAGAAAGGAAAGUAUGAUUAGCCAAAUCUACCUGACUAUGAUAGGGGAUCAGACAAGAGUAGAAUGGAAGUGUCUUAUAUUCAAGAAUGAAGCCAG